AUGAUAAAGUAGCCAACUGUUCCUCUGCAGUUACAUUUUGUUUUCUAAACUGGGUCAAGUCAGUUCCACUACGCAGGCGCAGCUUGAAGGCUGCCUGUCAGUGCCAUAGCAACCAAAGCAACCAAAGCAGACAUCAACUAUCAACAUGGCCAAAGCAACGACUGUGAGAGAAGCACUGGCCAAAUGGGAGGAGAAGGCAGGCGAGAAAGUGGGCGAGGCUAAAGCCAUAAAACUGUAUGGUCAGGUCCCUCCUAUAGAGAAGAUGGAUGCCUCUCUCUCCACACUCACCAAUUGCGAAAAGCUCUCUCUGUCUACAAACUGCAUUGAAAAAAUAACCAAUCUGAAUGGCCUGAAGAACUUGAGGAUAUUGUCAUUAGGAAGAAAUAAUAUAAAGGCCCUCACUGGGCUGGAGACAGUAGGGGACACAUUAGAAGAGUUGUGGAUCUCCUAUAACUUAAUAGAGAAACUGAAGGGAAUUCAAUCCAUGAAGAACUUAAAAGUCCUCUAUAUGGCCAACAACCUGGUCAAAGAAUGGGGAGAGUUUGUGAGGCUAGCUGACCUGCCAUGCCUCGUAGACCUGGUGUUUGUUGGAAAUCCACUAGAGGAGAAGCAUUCAGCUGAGGGAAACUGGAUGGAUGAAGCCUCUAAAAAACUUCCUCAUCUGAAAAAACUAGAUGGAACCCCAGUCAUCAAGGAUGUGGUUGAAGGAGACUGAGAGAGCCGAGAAGCAUGACUAUCUGCAAAACUACAACUGUGUUCCCUAAGAGUCUUCCCUUUUUUAAAGUUUUACAUGGUUUGUCAUGGUGCUUUUGUUUAUAUUAAAUAACUUUUUAAUCAACAUAGACUUUAUUGUAGAUGGACAAGCACAAGAUAACCAAUACAUACACAGACAUGUAUGUUUAAGAACUAGAAAAGUCUGUUAAGUUGUCAAUAACUAAGUCCCUGUGAACUUGAGACCAUAAAGAGAGUUUGAUGAGACCACAGAUCUCCACAGCACUGAGCACAUCUCCUAAUGCUACAGCAUUAGGAGUUUGUUUUUUACUAUGAAACUAUGCAGGAUAUUGACACUAAUGCUACAUGUUCUUUUUAACUGAAAUCGACUGUGGGAAUUGGUGGUUUAGUCCUAUUUUGGGACCAAGAACAGUUUGAAUUAACAGUGUUUUCUUGAUUUUAUACGCCUCUUUAUGUAUCUCUAGCAAGAACCAAAGCACAGUGUAGCAAACACAUUAGUUAGCACGGACAGUGUGGACCAAAUCCCGUUUAUCUCAACAGCCAAGGAGUGAAAGAAUGUGCAGGGAGAGAUAGUUUUCUGGUGACCUUGUACCUUAUCUAGUCCCGAACGUAAAGCAAAAGUCACACAAAUGAUUCAAGCACGUGAGAGUCAACCCUAAAAAGA